AAUUUUUAGAAAUGCGAUUAGUUAUUUUGGAUAAACCCAACGAUGUAGCUGAAUGGGCAGCCAAGUAUGUGAUGAAAAGAAUCAAAGAUUUCAAUCCCGGCCCUGAAAAAUUCUUCACGCUUGGUUUACCCACUGGUGGAACCCCUCUGGGCAUGUACAAAAAAUUGGCCGAAUAUUACAAAAAUGGAAAAAUUUCAUUCAAGUAUGUGAAGACCUUCAAUAUGGAUGAGUAUGUGGGUCUGCCACCCGAUCACGUUCAAAGCUAUCACUACUACAUGUUUCAUAAUUUCUUCAAACACAUUGACAUAGACCCCAACAACGUUCAUAUACUUGAUGGCAAUGCCAGCGACCUGGAGAAAGAGUGUGAUGAUUAUGAACACAAGAUCAAAGAGGCUGGAGGAAUUAGGCUUUUUAUUGGAGGUAUUGGCCCAGACGGUCAUAUAGCCUUCAACGAGCCUGGAUCUUCACUGGUAUCUAGGACUCGGGUGAAAACGCUGGCUCACGAGACACUGGAAGCCAAUUGUCGUUUCUUCGAUAAUGACAUCACAAAAGUGCCCACUCAAGCACUCACUGUUGGAGUGCAGACUGUUCUCGAUGCAGAUGAUGUAAGUUAUAAAUCACUAAAAUAUAUGCUUGAAACUAGUGAGCCGCCCGGGCAAGAGAACUCGCUCAAAAUGCCGAUAAUUCUGUUAUCUGUUCUAUCUAUAUCUCUGGUUGGAAUAAAUUAAAAAUAUUCCAUUUGG